GACUAAGUAGAGCUCUGGACAAGUCCAAACAUAGAGAGAGAGAGAGAGAGAGAGAGAGAGAGAGAUGGCUGAGGGGCAAGGAUCAAAGCAUUUUGUUCUAGUGCACAGUGCCGGCCAUGGAGAAUGGUACUGGUUCAAGGUUAAGCCAUUGUUGGAGUCUGCAGGCCAUAAGGUCACAACCCUCCAACUUGCUCCUUCAAUCACUUCAUGGGCUGGUGUGGAUUCAAUAAAUACCGUUCAUACACUCUCCCAAUACUCCCAACCAUUGCUCAACUUAUUGGAGAAUUUGGAAGAAAAGGUUGUACUUGUGGGUCACAGUGCAGGAGGCUUGAGUUUGGCUUUGGCAAUGGAGAAAUUCCCUGAUAAGAUACUUGUGGCUGUGUUUAUAGCAGCUUUCAUGCCUGAUACCUCUCAUAAGCCCUCUCAUGUCAUCGAUGAGUAUAUGAAGGUUCCAAUGGAGUGGAAGGACAGUUAUUCUAUGUCUAAUAAAGGGAACACAACAUGGUUAUUUUUCAGUGAUGAGUUCUUGAGGACCAGGCUUUAUCAGCUAUGCUCUGCAGAGGAUUUUGCGCUGGUGUCGACACUGAAAAGGCCUGCAUCAUUCUUCCAAGAAGAUUUGGUAAAAAUGGAUCCUUUUUCAGCAGAGAAGUAUGGGUCAGUUGAUAGAGUUUAUAUUGUUUGCAAAGAGGAUUUAGCCAUUACCGAGGAUUUCCAGCAUCUGAUGAUUAAUAAUUUUGGGGUGAAGGAGGUUAAGGUGAUUGAGCAUUCAGGUCACAUGCCUAUGCUAGCAAAGCCCAAAGAAUUGGUUUCUCAUCUCUUAGAUAUUGUCACUACAUACUAGGCAAUUUCUGUAAAUCAUACUCUCUGAAUAACUCCAAUAUAGUCAAUUUUAAGUUCAGGAAAUUCCAAAGAGCUGGGUAAUGUAAUCGCUGAAAUCCAAGACUUUUCUUCCUACA